CGCGUUGCAGAUUUAGAUAAUGGCCUUCCAAUUGGACGAUUUACUGAAGGAUGAUAAAAAAGAUGCGAAUUUGAUACCCGAUUUAAGUAAAGCAACUUGCAAUUCUUACGAGGAAUUCCGGCGACUCAAGGAAAAUUGUCCGGAGUUUAAGAUCAAACCAGAAAAGGUAAAAAAAGAAGAUACGAAGGUUCGCGACAAAGAAUUUUCUUGCAAAGCGACCAAAAAGGAACUCAAAAACAUCGGCAGGGAAUGGGCUUACGGAGAUCCAGUUCCACCAGAUAUGAGGAGCUUGGAUCUGCAGGAGCUGCAACAAGUCGCUAUCGAUUGGCGAAUGCUGACUCCGAUCAGACCAAAGCUUCGCCAAGAUGAAGAGAUGUUCUCGAGAUUGGUGGAGAUGGGUAAAUUAGAGGCGAAGACUAUAGCGAAAGAACGCCGCUCGCCAACGAGCCCUAUUAGACGAAGUAAAAAUCGUGCAGGGAUAAUUGAAAGCAGCGUGAAAACCUGCAAAGAAUGCGGCGAGGAGUAUUGUUUCGGCGAAUUUUGUGGGGACGUUCCCAUAAUCGCCAACAUGGAUCGUAAGAAAAGGAAAAGAAAAAAAGGAAGGAAAAGAGUUAAAAGCAAGAGCAGAACGUCCAAGAAAUCCGCCAGGCUAUUGGUCAACAACAAAACAAGAAGAUCAAUAACGGAAUCUGAAAACAAAAUUGUUAAAGCAAGAAAUAACGGAGAACAAGGAGAGAAACCGGUGAAACAAUUUAAAAGAAAAUGUAGCAAAUACGCUAAGAAAGGCCAUUUACGCAAAUAAAAAGAAUUAUGAUAUUAGGCUAUAGUUUUGUAGUCAAAAUCUGAUUGAGUUUGCUGCCAAUUUGCACGCAAACAUUUUGUUGUGAAGAUAAGAUAAUUGA